UUUGUUACCAAGUUGAUUGUAAAUGUUGACCGUGCAUUCUUGAAGAUACAAAUGGAUUCAAUGGACGAGGAUAUGUUCGCAUUAAGCGACGAGGAGUUACCAAUAUCAACUUCAAAAUGCAAUCCAGUAGAAGAACAUUUAAUGAAACAACUAUCGGAUGUGCAAACUCGAAUCGAAAAGACAAGAAAUGAUAUUAAAGACAUUCAAGAUAUGACCAGACGUAAUUUAGAAUCUUUAUACAAUGAGGCUCAAUAUGGGAAAGAUAUAACUUGGGAUUCUGACAGUGACUUAUACGCUAUAGAUGGACAACCAGUAAUAAAGAAGAUAAAAUGCAAAGGUAAUGAAUCCCUUUGUAAAUUUUUACUGGUAAAAAGCAGUUGGAAAUACAUUUUUUCUGACAAAUGGGUCAUUGGAAUAGAACUAAUAAACAAUUCAGAAAGAACAUUAAAUAAGCCUCAGAUUUACGUAUCCCUCAAUGAAAAUUAUGAUCUUUAUGGUAUAUCAAUGUUUUGGACAUUAAAGAAUGAAACAUUUUUAUACCAAAUCGAUGAAAUUCGACCUUGUAGUGAAGUUGUAGCUACAGUCGUUCUCGAUUUGCCAAAAUUUAAUACAAAUUCCCUCUGUGAAGUAUAUGGUACAAUUUUAUAUGAAGUUGAAGAGGAAGAAUAUCAAAUUCCAAUACCUGUUAUCCAUAUCACGAUCGAAGACACUAUCGAUAGUAGAUAUCAAGUCAAAUUUUUAACCGAGGAAAAUCAGGUUCUGAAAAGGAAUAGAAUAUCCAAUACCUUGCAUAUGAUGUUAGCUUUAAAGAGUUCGUCGAUGGAGAAAACCAUUGAUGUACAAAUCAAAGGAAUUCCUGAAAGAGAGACACACUUUUUGACGUUUUUGAAAGAAAAAUCUUUCCAAACAAUCUACAAAGAUAUUUACAUUGUACAAACAAUUGGUACGCUGAUGCAUUGUUUGAUCGAGAUACUUCCUAUUACCGAAGGAAAAGAGAAGAUAAGAAUUUCUUCAAGAUCUAAUCAGCAAAUGAAUCUGAUAUUACGACUUUUAAGGCAACAUUUUCCGUACAUGAUCAUUGAAGAAGAUGUUAAUCCCAUCCGUGCUGCAAUGGCUCUCAUAGAAGAAUUAAAAUUGUAUCUUGAGAACACAAGCACCGCCGAGCGGCAAAUGGCAAGAAUAAGAACUGACCUACUUAUCCCGUGAACACGGUAAAACAGAUUUUGUUCAUUAACGGGAGAAUAGGUUGAAAGUUCUGACAUUAUUUAUAUUCAUUAAAAAU